GUAGUAGUACUCUUCAUUACACCGAACUCAAAUUUAUCAAACACUUACUUGCAUCUCCAUACCAUUAUUAGCAUUCCAUACUCUCUGGUCUCUUAACAAUCUCGUUUCAUUUGUUUGUCAGAAAAUAUUUUACUUACAUGGCAGGACAAUCACGAAAAUGGAUGAUCCUCGUCGUUACAAUAUGGUUACAAGCUUUCACGGGCACCAACUUUGAUUUUUCAGCGUAUUCAUCAGAGUUUAAGUCGGUUCUAGGAGUUUCUCAGGUGCAACUUAACUACCUGGCAGUGGCUUCUGAUCUUGGCAAGGCUUUGGGAUGGUCUUCCGGGCUCGCUUUGAUGUACUUGCCAUUGUGGCUCGUCAUGUUUAUGUCUGCGUUCAUGGGGUUGGUUGGUUAUGGUCUGCAAUGGCUCGUCAUUAGUAAUAUCAUCACUCUUCCUUAUUUCGCGGUAUUUCUGCUGUGCUUGCUUGCUGGCUGUAGCAUUUGCUGGUUCAACACGGUCUGUUUCGUUCUCUGCAUCAGAAAUUUCCCUACCAAUCGACCUCUAGCCAUAUCUCUAACCGUAAGCUUUAAUGGUGUGAGUGCGGCCUUAUACAACCUUGCUGCAAAAGCAUUUGAUUCGUCAUCUAAUGAUACAUACCUUCUUCUCAAUGCAUUUAUCCCCCUUGUAACAUCCAUAGCAGCUCUAGUUCCAAUUUUACGACAACCCUCAUUAGACCCUCUUCCGGAUGAUGCUGUCAAACGUGAUCAACUGAUAUUUCUACUCCUAAAUUUCCUUGCUGUCACCACUGGCUUCUACCUCCUCUUCAUCCCCUCAACAGAUCCAUCGUCUGCUCGUCUCCUCUUCUGUGGUGCCAUAGCCCUCCUUAUUCUUCCUUUAUGCAUCCCUGGUAUGGUAUAUGCCCGAGACUGGUUUCACCAUACAAUAUACUCUAGCUUUCGUGUUGAAGGCUCGGGUUUUAUUCUUAUCAAUCAUGUUGAUCUUGAACUUCACAAGGAGAUACUCAGCCGGGAUAACAGUUUAGUUGAUAAUGCAUCUUAUGUCGAUAGUGGUGAUGGAUAUUAUGAUCUGCUCGAUGGAAGUGAAACUGACUCUAGUGAAGGGUGCUGCAAGACGUUGAUCACAAGAGACCGCUUGGCAAUGCUUGGAGAAGAACACAAGGCAAAAAUGCUUGUUCGUAGGAUGGAUUUUUGGCUGUACUACUUCGUGUACUUUUUCGGGGGUACAAUUGGACUAGUGUAUACCAACAAUUUAGGACAGAUAGCGCAGUCACUUGGACUAAGUUCCACAACCUCAACCCUUAUCACAAUCUAUUCAGCUUUCUCCUUCUUUGGCCGCUUACUUUCUGCAACUCCAGAUAUCAUCCGAACGAAAUUUUAUUUUGCCAGGACUGGAUGGUUAGCCAUAGCGCUUUUGCCAACGCCAAUUGCCUUCUUCUUACUCGCGGCAUCUGGCAGUGAAGUAGCAUUGCAGGCAGGCACAGCAAUUAUUGGGCUGAGCUCCGGGUUCAUAUUUGCAGCUGCUGUUUCAGUAACCUCUGAGCUUUUCGGACCUAGCAGUGUUGGUGUCAACCACAACAUUCUUAUAACCAAUAUCCCUAUUGGCUCACUUCUAUACGGUCUUCUCUCUGCCCUUGUUUACGAUGCCAAUGCAAGUCCUGACAUUGAAAUGAUGCCCAACUCAUUGGUUUGCAUGGGAAGAAAAUGCUAUUUCUUAACUUUCGUGUGGUGGGGAUGUGUCUCAGUUUUAGGCCUAGCAUCAAGUGCUCUUUUGUUUCUAAGAACGCGAUCAGCAUAUGAUCAUUUUGAAAAGAACCGAAGAUCUGAACUGUUGUAUUAACAUAUUAGUCAUCCAAACUUACAGUUUGUCUUCAUAGAUCAUCCAGGAACAUAAUUUGAGGAAGAAAAACUUGUACAGAGUCACUCUAAGUGUACUUAUGUCAUUCCAUGUUUGAGCAAAGGAAUCAGAAGCAGACAUCACAGUCUGUACCGCUUCUCGGGCUCUUGUUCUUCUGAUAUAUUGUGCUAAAAGUGUAGUAAUUACUCUCCUUAAGUAUUCUACUGAUAUUCUUACAAUAAUUAAUAAAGUUGUCGCGACAUAUUUAAUAUCUGAGAUAAUGAUGGACUUGUCGCUUAACCAGUCGAUGGAUUCGUUACCAUAGCCUCUCCAGAAGGAAUUAAACAUAUAAAUCUGCAUUAGUUUUUAAUCUU